CUCCUCGGCACCUGCCUGCCCGUUCCAAAGCAACCUCCCCCCAUUUGCCUCGAUCAGUAUCUCUCUUUACUACCAUCACCGGCGCUUCGAUCAUCUAAACUCCUCCUGUUGCCUAGCUCCGUCCAUUUGCCUCGCUCCUCGCGCGCACACGAGCCUUUUGCAGACACCCACGGGCACGCUUUGCGCGAGCAUUGUGCCGAGCCGGCACCGGCAGGAUGUCGAGCCGGCGGUCGCGGUCGAGGGCGUCCUCCGGCAGCGCGUCGCGGAUCAGCGACCUGGUCGCCAAGCUGCAGGCGCUCCUACCCGAGGCCCGCCUCCGGAGCAACGACAGGGUGCCGUCGGCGAGGGUGCUGCAGGAGACGUGCAGCUACAUCCGGAGCCUGCACCGGGAGGUCGACGACCUCAGCGACCGCCUCUCCGAGCUGCUCGCCACCGCCGAUGUCAGCACCGCGCAGGCCGCCGUCAUCCGCAGCCUCCUCAUGUAGCCGCCGGCGGCAAUCAGAAUUCAGACCAUCCGAUCCGGCAGCUAGCCAUCGGAAGUUAAUUUGUAGCUUAUAUUAGUAGGGACAGAAAGAGAGAAUGUUUUUGGUUAAUUAAGAUCACCGGCUACGUACACGUUAAUAAGUCUUUUUUUACUAGAGUCAGUUAAAUAAUUGAAUUUACUACCCACUACUAGUUUCUAUAUAUAUGUAACCUGGACCAUCAGGCUUUUUGCCGUGAAAUUUUGCGAGUGCCAUUUUUCCUGUGCCAGAUGGAUCCACUGA